CACAAAAAAAAUGCCAUAAUAAACACAAAACACCAUAGAAUCAAAUCAAAAUAGAAAAUUAAGAUACUCCAUUAUCUUCGUUUUCUAUACAUUUAUUAUUUUUAUUUUCUCUCGUAUCAACUACUACAUUGCUUUCUCAAUUCCAAAACUUAGUUUCGUUAUCAAUGGAGGGUUUAGAAGAUUCCAGAAGAAGCUUUAAGCGUCAAUGUGAAUUCCCAAAACGAAAGCUUCAAAUCAAUGAAAGGGUUGAGGUGAAGAGUUAUGAGGAGGGUUUUCUGGGAUCAUGGCAUCCGGGGACUGUUAUUGAAUGUGGGAAGCUGACGCGGCAUGUUCGAUAUGAGAAUAUUUUGGAUGAUGAUGAGUUGGAUUAUUCAGUGGAGGUGGUGAAGGUUUCGGAUGCUUUGGAGUGUGAAUUUGGUUCUCCGAGUAAAUUUGCAAGGAUUAGGCCGCUGCCUCCUUGGGUUGAGUUUCAAACUUGUGAUGUUAAGUUUGGGCUUUGUGUUGAUGUGAGUUACCGGGAUGCUUGGUGGGAGGGAGUUGUGUUUGAUCACUGUGAAGGAAUGGAGGAGAGGAGUGUGUUUUUUCCGGAUUUGGGGGAUGAGAUGAAGGUUGAGAUUGAUCAAAUGCGGAUUACUCAGGAUUGGGAUGAAGUUACGGGGGAAUGGCAGCGACGAGGGGAGUGGGUGUUUCUUGAAUUGAUUGAGGAGUUUCAGCGGGAGUCGUAUCUUGCAGUUUCAGUGAAGCAAAUUUGGUAUGAAGUGCGACAAAAAAAGGAAUUCGCGGCUGUUGGCGAUUGGACGUUGAAUGUUAAGAAGGAUUUGUGGAGAGAUAUGAUAAUGAAGGUGGUUGUUGACUACAAGGGUGUUACAGUAAAAGAAGUUUUCUCUACCUUGAAGCCUCAACAGCUGGACUCGGUUGGACUAAUGUCUAAAGUUGAUUCAAACAAGACGGUAUCUGAGAAGGAAAAGUUUGAGCAGAAACAGCUUGUUGUUUUUCCGGUUGAAGAGGACUUUCCUAAGUUUCAAAAUGAAGUUUCAAUUGCUAUUUGUUCCAAGAAAAAAAAACAUAGAUCUUAUUCCGAAAAUUGGGAACCUGUAAUAGUGUCUGAAACGGAAUACUGCCCCGACGCUGUUAGGCAAUAUGUACUUGCUUAUCAGGAUAGGAAGUCUGUGUUUUGGAAGGAAAAAGUGAGGAAGCAUCUUGCAUAUCUUGGAUGGAAAAUUUACCGAUAUCGUCGUUAUCUAAGGUACAGGCCACCUGAUGGAAUCUGUGAGAAUAAAUUUUACUACUCACUUAUUGAAAUUUGUAAAGUUAUGGAAUCCAGAGUGAACUCUUCCGCAUCCAAAAAUGAUCUCGGUAACAAUGGUCCUACUCCUUCCUCUAUUAAUGGUUAUAAUUUAUCUAUAUCUUCUUCCACUCCACAAUCUGAACCACCCCAAACUAUUAAUAUAAGUGCAUAUCUUCCUACUCAACCUACACCAUCUAAACCACCAAAACUGCCUCGACCAAGUCAUGCUCCACAUGUGCCUCUUAAUCCAUUGGAAAAGAGUCAGAAUCCAGAUGUAUCUUCUCUAGCUGUGGUGCCUUCUUCUGUUGCGGUGGCAGAUGAACUAGCUACUCCUUCAGCGGCGUAUUGUCCUCAAGUCAUUGUUGAAUACCACAAACGUGCACUCGAGCGGAAUUGGGAUGAUAAAAAAGAAUGUAUUUCGAAAAUAAAAGAGCAUCUCCGGAAAGAAGGAUGGGUUUUAACUGGCCCGCCCCCAAAAAACAAAAGAAGGGGUAUAUUAUAUACUUCCCCGCAAAAGCGGAACUUUAUCUCACUGAACAAGGUAUGCGAAUUCCUAAUUAAGGAAAGUAUUAAAAGAUCAUCUAUUUCUGGAAUUGAACCUUUAAAUGCCUCAAUUGUUAACGAAGAAAGUAUUGAUAAGGAAAGUAUUCAAGGAUCAACUAUGUGCAUUCAACCUUUUGUUAGUGAUGAAAUUGUUGACCAAGUACCAAGUGAUGAUGUAUCAAGUAAAACAUCACAUUUUCUUCCUCAUGAGACUGAGUUAUACACUAUAGACAGGGUUGCUACAAAUAGAUCAAAGCGAAAACGCGAUGAAUCAAGUCUAAGGGUGAGGUCAAAUAAAAGAGUGCGGAAAUUUUCUGUCCCUUCUCUAUCACAUCAGAAAGCUCUGAAUGUUGUGUCUUGGUUGAUAGACAGCAACGUGGUGUUACCAAGAUCUAAUGUUUCUUAUGUAGCAAAAAGAAAGCGUGUCAUGGCUUCUGGUCGAAUAACUCAUGAUGGAAUCAAAUGUAAAUGCUGUCAUAAAAUAUUUAGUCUUGUUUCCUUCGAAUUUCAUGCUAUUGGUAGUAAUACCACCAGACCAAGUGCUAGUAUCUUUCUGGAUGAUGGUAGGUCGCUCUUACAGUGCCAGAUACAAAUAAUGCAAGAUCAUGUGUCAAGGGAGGCUAUGGUAAAAUCACAGACUCAUUUGUGUCAGAGUGAAAACGACUACAUUUGUUCCGUUUGCCGCAACGGGGGUGAACUUCUAUUGUGUGAUCGGUGUCCGUCUUCAUAUCAUAAGACGUGUCUUGGUUUGGAGGACAUCCCUGAUGGUGAAUGGUUUUGUCCAUCAUGUCUUUGCGGGAUUUGCGGCCAAAGAAAAUUCAAUGGGGGCGGUGAGGAUGAACAUUUCCUUAAAUGCAUUCAGUGUGAACAUAAUUAUCAUGUUGCAUGCCUGAUAAGUAGAGACACAUGUAAGUCCAGAAGUUAUGCGGAAAGCCAGUUCUGCGGAAAAGACUGUGAAAAGUUAUAUGAAGGCCUUCAAAGAAUGUUGGAAGAGCCAGUUUCAGUGGGUGUGGACGAUCUAACGUGGACAUUGGUGAAGUGUAUCGACUCUGAGAGUUGUGAUAUUGAUAGUAGUAAAAGUGGAUUAUUGGCAGAAAGUUACAGCAAACUCAACGUUGCUCUUUCUGUGAUGCAUGAAUGUUUUGAGCCCCUAAAGGAACCCUCCUCUGGCAGAGAUCUGGUUGAAGAUGUUAUAUUCAGCCGAUGGUCAGAACUUAAUCGAAUGAAUUUCCGGGGUUUCUAUACUGUACUUCUAGAGAAAGAUGGAGAGCUGGUCAGUGUGGCAACUAUUAGGGUCCUUGGAGAUAAGGUAGCUGAAGUACCUCUUGUUGGUACCAGAUUUCAAUAUCGUCGACAUGGAAUGUGCCGCAUCUUAAUGGAUGUACUGGAAAAGAAACUCAUGCAAUUAGGAGUGAAGCAGCUUGUUUUGCCUGCUGUUCCUUGUGUGGUAGAUACAUGGAUCGGUCCUUUUGGCUUUUCAAAGAUGACAGAACUUGAGAGGUCAAAAUUUCUGGACUAUACUUUCCUAGAUUUUCAGGGUACCAUCAUGUGCCAGAAGUUGUUGACAAAGACGCCGUCUCCUGAUUCAGUUUUGCAAAUAGAGUUCCAACAAAAACUCGGUGCUAUCUCCGAAAGCAGUAGUGCUAAUAAGUCUCCAGUAUCUGAAGUGUGCCAAGCAGGAGAGAUAGUUAUGAAAGAAAUGUCGGAUACACCAAUGUUAGAUGCGUUUGAAGGAGAAAGCGAUAAUGAUAAUGUAUCUAACGAAGCUGUUAUUGACUGUGUCACCAUGGCGGAGCAACCUGUUCUUGAGGAUGAACAACAUUGCCAGAAUGGAACCUCCACUGUACAAGGCUCUUUUGAAAAAUGGAAGCAACCUGUUCUUGAGGAUGAACAACAUUGCCAGAAUGGAACCUCCACUGUACAAGGCUCUUUUGAAAAAUGGAAGCAACCUGUUCUUGAGGAUGAACAACAUUGCCAGAAUGGAACAACCUCCACUGUACAAGGCUCUUUUGAAAAAUGGAAGCAACCUGUUCUUGAGGAUGAACAACAUUGCCAGAAUGGAACCUCCACUGUACAAGGCUCUUUUGAAAAAUGGAAGCAACCUGUUCUUGAGGAUGAACAACAUUGCCAGAAUGGAACCUCCACUGUACAAGGCGCUUUUGAAAAAUGGAAGCAACCUGUUCUUGAGGAUGAACAACAUUGCCAGAAUGGAACCUCCACUGUACAAGGCUCUUUUGAAAAAUGGAAGAAUGUUUUGUAUUAUUAUAGACGAAGGAAAGUGAAAAGGGUAGCAUGAGGAGGAUUAUGAUGCUUGUGAGUUAAAGGAGUAAAAGGGAAACACUAUUUUGUUGAAGGGGAAUAAAUGAAGUGUUGAUGACAUUAUCUUCAGUUAUAACCUCUUUCUGUGUUUCUUUGGUACAAAGUAUACAUGUGUAUAAGUAGGAGAUUUUGCAUGCCUCUUUAAUUUGAGGUAGUUUUGAGUUGGAUGGAUGGAGCCAUUUGUCCAUAGUUUUGGAAAUAAUUAACACUGAAUUGUAACAUAAACUCUACUAAUGCUUUUUAAAAAAAAAUAUAUAUUUU